AUGUCUGUGAAUGAGUACUGCUAUUGGAUGGAGCUCUAUCGAAAUGUAUCUGUGCUGCCGAAUGUGGGGUCAACAGUUGGCAGUGUUUCCUCACCUUCGGACUGUGGUGCGUUUUGGACCGCUAGUGUGAUGGUGUACAAUUAUACUUGUGACGCCUCCAAUACCUGCACAACAUACUACUCUAGUCAUGGUCAGAUGUAUCCACGCGUCGCUGGAUCCGAAAAAUGCGACGUGGACGUCGCCGUAGGACCGAACCUACAGCCGCUGACUCAAUACCGGUCGUCUGGUGUACAUGCAGACAUGACCAGUUCCCAACCUAUUACUGCUAUAGAUUAUAUGUUAUAUGAUAACCUGACACCAGAGGACAAGCUUUUCGAAUACUCAGAGUGGAAUGUGACCAAUUAUAAGAAUUUUUCAAUUUACGGCCUUGACAUGUUGAUCAAUGCGGGAUGCCCUAUUUGCACCAAGUUCACACCAGGCGUUUACCUACAGAUGUGCUAUUAUAACUGUACACAACCACCACCCAACACGCUUAGGGAUCUCGUAACAUCUCCCACUUCGAGUUGUCCUAGUCUUUCUUCAAACGCAAAUAGAAAGAGCUCUGCUUCAAAAUCUGUCAUGCUGUAUGGCUUGGUAGUAGGUCUUGCAAUGAUUUUACCAAUAAUUCAAUAA